ACACACCAAAAAAUCUCACCCCACCAUGGCCCGUUUCUCUCUCAUCCCCAUCCUCUCUCUCCUCCUCUUCUCCGCCGUCGUCGCCGCCGCCGCAGUCUCUGCCGAUGAUCCGUUGAUCCGGCAAGUGGUCCCGGAGGAAGAAAUCUCAACCGAUCAUCUUCUCAACGCCGAUCACCACUUCAGUUUGUUCAAAACAAAGUUUGGUAAAACGUACGCGACUGCAGAGGAGCACGAUUACCGUUUGACAGUGUUUAAGUCUAACUUGCGCCGUGCUAAGCGUCACCAGUUGCUGGAUCCGACUGCUGAACACGGUGUUACGAAGUUUUCUGAUUUGACGCCGUCGGAGUUCCGUGAGAGGUAUCUAGGGUUGAAGAGCUCGUUAAAGUUUCCGUCUGAUGCGAAUAAGGCGCCGAUUCUUCCGACUGGUGAUCUUCCUGAAGAGUUUGAUUGGCGUGAUCAUGGCGCUGUUACUCCUGUUAAAAAUCAGGGUUCGUGUGGAUCGUGCUGGUCGUUUAGUACAACGGGAGCUUUGGAAGGAUCUCACUUUCUUCAAACAGGGGAGUUGGUUAGUCUCAGUGAACAACAACUUGUGGAUUGUGAUCAUGAGUGUGAUCCAGCUGAAAAGAAUUCAUGCGACGCGGGCUGCAAUGGCGGGCUGAUGAACAAUGCAUUCGAGUACAUACUCAAAGCUGGUGGGCUUCAGAAAGAGUCAGAUUACCCUUACACAGGAAAAGACGGUACAUGUCAUUUUGACAAGACCAAAAUCGCUGCAUCCGUAUCCAAUUUCAGUGUAGUUGGCACAGACGAAGACCAAAUCGCUGCCAACUUGGUUAAAAACGGCCCUCUUGCAAUUGGAAUCAAUGCAGCUUGGAUGCAGACAUAUAUUGGCAAAGUCUCCUGCCCGUAUAUAUGUUCAAAGAAGCGUUUGGAUCAUGGUGUUCUUCUGGUUGGAUACGGGUCGGCUGGUUAUGCACCGGCUAGAUUGAAGGAGAAGCCAUAUUGGAUCAUCAAGAACUCGUGGGGACCUGAUUGGGGAGAGGAUGGAUAUUACAAGCUUUGCAGUGGUUACAAUUUGUGUGGUAUGGAUACCAUGGUUUCAGCAGUGGUUGCUACAAAUACUUGAACUUUGUGUUUGAAUUGUUGAAUGAAUAUUACAAACUUGCUACAAUUUACAUCAUGUACAGUAUUAGUUGUUGGAUCAAAACCUAUUUGCUUUCAUGAUUCGUCUCGUGGAUUGAGUUAAAAAGGGGUUUAUUGUAUCAAAAAUGUAAUGAAUGUUUAUGUUUAUCUUAUUAUAUAUAUUAUCUGAUGUAACGAACUUAUAUAUCGUUACUAUUUUAUGGAA